UUCCCCUCUAUCCAGGCAGAGCCGCGAGGACCUCUCCGGAAGCGUGCCUUUGACUCCUUCGACCCGGAUCCCUACAUCUUUUGGAAGGAUCUGAAGAUGGGGAAGACUCCGGCUGCGCGCCUUGGCCGGGACCCGCCGGAGCCCACCGGAAAUCCGGAGGAGCUGGUUGUGCUCGAGGUCACCGCUGACACUCGGAAGGCCCUCUUCGAGGAGCUUUUAUGGGAGCACCGGGAGCUCGCUGAGGCACACGACAAGUGCCAAGUGAUCCCGGAAGCUUCCAUCGAUGCUCUCAAGGAGCAGCUCGCCACGGCCCAACGGGAGAAGGAUGAGCUCAGCCGGCAGCACCAGGAGGAGCUAAACGCCCUCAAGACCAGCUACCAGGAGCUCAAGUCUCAGUUGAUUCAGCUGGGGCUUGACCACGCCAAGGCCCUCAAGGCCGCUGAAGUGACCGCAGCGGCCAAGUUGGACGAGGCUCUGGAGAAUGCCUGCAAUGCCACUGUGGUGUUGCGGGCAGAGCUGGAGGAGAUGACCAAGGCCCGGAAGGGUGCCGAUGAGAAGGCCGCGCGGCUGGAGGAGGGGCACAAGGAGUGCGAUCAGCUGAUCCUGCAGACCGACACACUUGCCCUCCGUAAGUUGUUUUCUUUUACACUUUGACUACUGCAUACGAGCCUUUUUUCCUUCGACCCCAUUUUUGUUUCCGCUAUCUUUCCGUCCGGUCUCUCUUCUUCCGGAUUCUUUUC